AUGGAGCCAAGAGUGCUUGCAGCAUUAAGUCACCUUGAGUCAGUGCACUACGAUGGCUGCAUGCUUGGUGGGACGCGGCUGAAACACUCCACACUCCUCGCCUCCCCUGGAAUCUUCUCGGCUAUGGCCCUCACGUGUUCUGGUCAGCGUAACCACCUCCCAUGGUGCAUCACCCCUGAUGAGGGCGAGCUUCGCUUUGACACAGCCUCCGAGGCAGAGUAUCCCAUCGAGUUCUGUCAGCAGUACGCCAAGUGUGUGAUUGAUUCUCUGCCAAGCCCACCAACACAGUCCUCCGUGCUAGAUGCGUUCGCAGUCGGACCACGCAAGAAGGCGCAGCCGCCGCCCCUCGUCCCAGAGGUCCACGCGAUAGUGCAACUGCCCAAGUCUCCACCUUGCACCGGCCAGUAUUGCAUUCUUUCUUCUCCUACUGGGGAAAUCAACCAAGAAAAGAAUGCAUCUGAAGAAGCAGCAGGCGGUCCAGGUUAUAAGGUUGGCAUAAGAUGGGACCCGCUAGAGUUUAUGCAUCAGGCUAAGAAAGUAGUCCAUCCCUGUGAUCCUGCAGCAGUCUUGCCACCCAACUUGAAGGCAGCGAUCAAGUCGGUCUUAACUUCUAGCCCAGAAGACCUGGCAAAAUCUCGCCUGGAUGCGGUCGUGACCAUCAGACAGAUGGCGAAAGACCUAGAGACUGCGGAAGCAGACCUGAAGAAGAAUUUGGAUCAAACUGCGUUGUUGAGGGCAUCCAACUACGAUGACAUAGACAUGGUGGAUUCUGUAGCAUCGGGGAUAGACCUAGUUGGCUCCCAUGGGAAAGUGGAAGCCAUGAAUGAGGAGCACUCCGGCUCCGAGCAAAGUGACCUGGAUCAAACGUCCAAAGCAGAGGUCGAUCUUGGAGACCUGCAAGGUGAAAGCAAGAAAGUGAGGAUCAUUGACGAUUGCAAAAUGUCCGGGAUGAACGCUGCAUUCCAACGCACCUUUGGCGUGAAACCGAUGGACAUCGAUGUCUUGGCAGCAGCGGCAGCGUCCAUAGCAAAGGCCACCCAAGAUGGCGAGAUAGACGGGACACCUGCGACCGGCUUUUACUUGUCUAAGGGACUCAGAUUCUUGACUAAGACCCUCACUUCCGUGGCCAGAUGCUCGGACAAUCGGGCCCACAUCACGGCGUUCUGCAGGACGGCGAAGCAUUUGUUGAGUGUGACCCCGGACAGGGAGUUCAAGGUUGCGGAUCAGAAGCAACCGGUGUUGGUCUUCACAGAUGGAGCUUAUGAAGAGGGCAAAGCAUCCGCUGGCGCCAUUGUCUUCGACCCGGAGUCAGCUCAAACUUGGGUGUGCCAAAUGCCGGUUCCGGAGUGCUUACGCGAUCUGUGGUUAGCUGACGCUGGGGAGCAGAUCAGGUUGAAGCGUGGGCGAUGCAUACGCUUUGAUUUCAGGGAACUCCUCAACAACAGACAAGCGCUGGCUUGGAUCGAUAACGAAGCGGCCAGAAUGAGUCUCAUCAAAGGAACUUCGGAUUCACCGUCCAUGCGAUCUCUUGUCAAGAUCUUCCAUUUGAUUGAGACGGCCUAUCCGGCGAUGAUUUGGCUGGAGAGAGUCGCUUCAUUCUCGAACCCUGGAGAUGCUCCUUCUAGGAACAACCUAGAAGGUGUGAUGGAAGCUCUCAGUGCAGUUGCGAUCACCUGCAACGACCAAAACUGGCUGGUCGAGGCUGCGCUCAAACUGGGAGCCAGUCAGUUCGCGAUUCUCGAACCUCCCUUGAUUCCGCAAGCUGCCCAAAUCAGGGGGAAAUACCGGCGCAGAGCUUGUGGAAUCCCCGUCUGUUAA